AAUGCGAAAAGGGAAGUUGAAAGAAGUGGGAGAGGGACAUCGCGGAGCCUUAUGAAAUCUAACGUUACAGUAGCUGACUGGGUACUCGACACACUGUGAGGUGCCACAAAUAUUAUCCUGGAGACACCAUUCGCAUUAUCUGGCUUCCUGCUUUUGGAAGGUAUUUUCUACGGUUUUUCACGGCACCUCAGCGUCCAGAGGAAGAGACCGGACAGUGUGACAUGGCAAGUAGAGGCGGAGCUACACGACCCAAUGGGCCAAACGCAGGCAACAAGAUCUGCCAAUUCAAACUUGUGCUUUUAGGAGAGUCGGCUGUGGGAAAGUCAAGUCUCGUCCUUCGUUUUGUCAAAGGACAGUUUCACGAAUUCCAAGAGAGCACAAUCGGAGCUGCCUUUCUGACUCAGACAGUAUGUUUGGACGACACAACAGUCAAGUUUGAAAUCUGGGACACAGCUGGUCAGGAGCGCUACCACAGUCUGGCUCCCAUGUACUACAGAGGUGCCCAGGCAGCCAUUGUGGUGUAUGAUAUAACAAAUGAGGAGUCAUUUGUACGGGCGAAGAACUGGGUUAAAGAGCUUCAGAGACAAGCCAGUCCAAAUAUUGUAAUAGCUCUGGCUGGGAACAAGGCUGAUCUCUCAAACAAGAGAGCACUGGACUUCCAGGAUGCACAGUCAUACGCAGAUGACAACAGCUUGCUUUUUAUGGAAACAUCAGCAAAGACCUCUAUGAACGUGAAUGAAAUAUUCAUGGCCAUAGCAAAAAAGCUACCCAAGAACGAGCCUCAAGCAGCCAGCGGCAGCAGCGGGCGGAACCGAGGAGUGGACCUGACAGAGACGGCUCAGCCCACCAGCCGUCCCUGCUGCAGUAACUAACCCAGCUCUUCCUGCUCACCCCCGCCCCCCCCCCACACACACACACACACACACUUCCUCCCCUUCUGCCCCCACCCUCUCAGCUGAACAGCAUCUGGACAUCAGGCUCAUUGGCUUCCUGAUGUCAGACCUGACCGUCAGCCUCACUCCCCUGGAAUAGCUAAAAGACUCUGUAUAGCUGCAUUUCUAAUACCUUUUUGUUGAUGUUCUUUUUUUUUCUUUUCUUUUUUUUUUUUUUAACUUUUUUUAAGAAGUGUAUAUCAGUAUAAUGGAUGCAUGUAUCACUACAACGCCUAAAAAAAACACACACAUUUUUAUUUCUUGUUCAGUUGUAAGACUAACCCCGUUUGAGAAAGACGAGCGAGCGAGAAACCUGUGAACGUGUGAUUGUGUCGUGUGUGAAUUUCCAAGCGUGAUUUGCUGAUGAGAAGGUGUAGCCUCAUUUGUCACUUCACAGGGUCGACUGGAUGCGAAUGACGUUGCCUGUAAUGCUCUUCGUGUGCGGGUUAAGUUAUGCUCACAAUCAGGAGAAAACCAAAUUGUUGAAUCUCGAGACGCCUGGCUUCUCGGACUGUUUGUCAUGAGCCAUCGAGGUAUUUAGACAGUGCCAGGAAACCAAGAAUCUCUCCCUCCUCACAUCUGUUACACAAGAAGACAUCUUCAUCCAAGGCUCCGAAUGGAAAGUGCAGAAAAUAAAUUUGGUUCUGGCUGUUUUUUUGGGGGGGAAAGUUGGAAAAUGCACAGAAAAGUCUUUUUUAACGUUGAAGACAAAGCGUCUCGAUACACAUCUGGCUUAUCGUUAUGCGUAGCCAUCUGCAGAGCGAUAUGGGCUCGUCACGUUGCCAUACAUCAUGUUGAAAAACAAGUUCUGGAAGUGCAGGAUCAUCAGGAAUCAACAGUUUCAGGCCAACAUGUGUCUGAUAUGACAGGGUUUUUAAAUUUGGCUUUGCCAUUUAACAAAUGCUUUCAUGUUUGCGCCAUCAUCGAAUUCUGGCACUGAUAUGGCUUCACAUUGAAAAGAAAAUCAACAGGAAUCUUGAAGACCGUCGAACAUCCUGCUUCGUGAGAUGUCUUGCAGAGACUUGGCUAGUUCUGUGUUAAACUCUUGUCUUUGUUGAUCCACUCUGUUUCUGUUCAGGCCAGUAAUCAACCUCCAUCAAUUUGGGUGAUUUCAGUAAAACGGGAGGGGAUUGUUUUGAGAAUGGACUUCAGACAGCACACAAACACACGAUUGGACUGCUACCCAUUAUCACAAGUCUGUGGAAAAAAAUUAUACUCUAAUGUUGUUAUAGGGUGCAAUGUUGCAAUGUUGUCUUCUUCCUCCUUUAGAACAGCUUGCAGGACUCGUGAGCUCACCAGGAAAUUAUCUAGAGAUUCCGAACAAUUGUACAGUUCAACAUGGGUCUGCUUUUUGUUUUUAUUUUUUAAAUUUUCAUCCUUAGACCUUGUCACAAACAGGUCAGAUGUUAAACAGUGGUGGUCUUUUUAGGUAUAUGUAGUGUUAUUAACAAAAUCCCUCUCUGGUGUCUUGUUACUUUUCUCAGAAAUGGUCCAUGGUCAUGUUUGAAAAGAACUUUUAUUGCAUUGCACAGUGUUGAUCAUGUUUUAAUUAAUGACUGCCCUUCGAUUUUAUAUGACAGACUGUAUUGGACUUGCUAACCUACAGCUAUGAGCAGGUAGCAUCAUUAACCCUACUGGUGGUGUCUCUUACAGCUCAAUGAAUUUUAAUGAUGUAAAACAGCAUUACUAGUGACGGGCUGAUCAGUUUUGAGUGUCUGAAAACAACUUAAUAAAUUCAAUAAAGAGG